AUGACAACCCAUCUCGCUGCCGUCCAAACGGCCAAAGGCCAACCCUUUGAGAUACAAUCCCGUCCCACACCAAAGCCAGGACCAAAUGAACUGCUUCUCGCCGUCAAAUCUGUGGCUUUCAAUCCAGCCGAUGCCAUCAUGCGCAGUACAGGACUUUUCAUUCCCACAUAUCCUACCGUGUUCGGCUUCGAUAUGGCAGGCGUCAUUCUCGAAGUCGGCGACAACGUCCCAUCCGAUGCUGGCUUUCAGACAGGUACUCGUGUUGUUGCCUACUCUGCUUCAGCUUGGAGAUCUUGCGCCCCAGACUAUGGCGUCUUUCAGGAGAAGUGUCUUGUCCCUUGGCAACACGCUGUGACUCUUCCAGACGAGAGUAUGUCGUGGAAUCAUGCUGCGACGCUACCUGUUUCUGUCCAAGUACCCCUUAGUGCGUGGGAUAAGAUGGGUAUUGCGAGGACGGAAGAGAUCGAUGCAUCAUCAGACAAGGCAGCCGAGAAGAAUGAGGUUCUUCUUAUCUGGGGCGCAUCUUCGAGUGUUGGCACGAUGGGCGUGCAGUCAGCACGUGUCAUGUGUCAGGAUCCCAACUCUCCCUUUGCAGCUGUCUAUGCCACAGCUAGCUCAGCAAACCACGAGUAUAUCCGCUCACUUGGCGCCGAUCGCGCGUUCGACUACAAAGACCCUGGCGUGGUUGAUGCCAUGAUCUCUGCUGCCAGAGACGACGGCUUGACCAUCCGACACUGCUUCCUCGCUAUGGGAGACCUUCCCUCAUGUCAAGCUGUCCUCAAACCAUUCUCCAAAGAUAGAGGACAGAAGGGAAAGAUAGUCUCAGCACCAAGAUUGCCAGAGAGCAUUCAGGAUAUGGAAGGAGUAGAUGUCAUGUUUGUGAUGCCGUCAAUGGUGGAGGAAGAAAGGUUGGAACAAUUUCGGUACUGGAUGGGCACGUGGUUAGGCAAGAACCUUGCGAAGGGAUCCAUCAGGCCGAGCCCCGAGCCAAAGGUUGUUGGAAGAGGGCUAGAGUGCAUCAAUGAGGCAACGGACAAAAUGGCUGAAGGCGUGAGUUGUGCCAAGUUGGUAGUUGAGAUUAGUCAAUAA